AUGGCUAAGAAGGAUAAGAAAUCCAAAGACGCUGAGAAGAAAGCUCGCGUUGCUGCCAAACAAAGCAAAAAGACAGCCCAAAAAGAAAAGAAAGUCAAGCCCAAAGGAGCGGACGAUAGUGACGCUGAAGAUGUCGACCUGGAAUCAUUGCUAGAAGAGUACGCCAAACAACAAGCCCAAUUUCUCAAAGUCACGGAGACUCUUUGCGAAGCUCCAUCUCCUCGUUCAUCAGCAACUCUCAUCGGCUCACCUUCCAAUGUGAAGGAGCUUUUUCUUUUUGGGGGCGAGUAUUACAACGGCGCUCUUGCUUCGUUCUUCAACGACCUUUUUAUCUACCACGUUGAAAGAGACGAAUGGCGAAAAGUGACGAGCCCCAAUAGUCCCUUGCCUAGAAGUGGGCAUGCAUGGUGUCGAGGUGGCAAUGCAGGCGGCGUGUAUCUAUUUGGGGGCGAAUUUUCGUCACCGAAACAGGGUACUUUUUACCAUUACAACGACUUCUGGAGGCUAGAACCAUCCACUAGAGAGUGGACCAGACUAGAAAGUAAAGGUAAGAGCCCGCCUGCGAGAAGCGGACAUAGGUUAGUAUAUUAUAAAAACUACAUAAUCCUGUUUGGAGGGUUCCAGGAUACUUCCCAGGUAACCAAGUAUUUACAAGAUCUUUGGGUUUAUGACUGUCAAAAUUACGUGUGGCACAAUCCUGUGCUGCCUCAGAAGCCUGAUGCGAGGUCUUCGUUCUCCUUUCUUCCACAUGACGCAGGAGCUGUCUUAUUUGGCGGCUAUUCAAGGGUCAAAGCCAACACUACCGUUGGCAAACAGACUAAAGGAGGCCUUCAAUCAUCGAAAUCGGUCUUGAAACCGACAAUACAUCAAGACACUUGGGUGCUUCGAAUCGAGCCACCAGCUACAGAUGCAACAAGCAGCGCUGCCCCAACAAUGCGAUGGGAACGUCGCAAGAAACCGGUAAAUUCGCCGAAUCCACCCAGAGCAGGCGUGACCCAGGCUUAUCACAAAGGUCGUGGCAUUAUGUUUGGUGGAGUUCACGAUGUCGAAGAGAGCGAUGAAGGCAUCGACAGCGAAUUCUUCGACCAACUUUUUGCAUUCAACAUCGAGCGUAAUAGAUUUUUCCCCCUAACAUUGCGGCGAGCCAAAAUUGCUCCCAAGAAGCAGAUGGAAGAUCGUGGUGCAAGAAGAGGCAGAAGCAAAGCAGAUGAAGCUGAGUUGCUCCGCAACCUUGCGGCACUGGAAACAAAGGGAACCAUUGCGGAUUCACAUACUAUAGAUACAGAGCCCAUGAUGGAGGCAGAAGGGUCGCCGCCUAAGGCAGCCAAACCAAUCCAAAGCACCAUGCCCCAUCCCAGGUUCAACGCCCAGCUGGCCGUUCAAGGCGAUGUAUUGUAUAUCUUUGGAGGCACCUAUGAGCGCGGUGAUCGCGAAUAUACAUUUGAUGAGAUGCACGCCGUCGAUCUCGGUAAACUCGAUGGCAUUCAAGAAAUUUACAGAAGGGAACUCGAAAAUUGGCAAGUCGACGAUUCGGAGAGCGAAUCGGGUUCCGAUGGAGAGGAAGAAUUCGGUUCAACAGAUGAAGACAUGGAGGGAGACACGCCUUCAGGUGUGGCUCUGCUACCAACAGAGAUCCCAACAAAGUCUACGGAAAUACCAUUGGCAGAGGAGCACAUGGAUGAGACUGAAGAUGAACAGCCAGAAACUACAUUGAUCGACACGAGGCCUCACCCGCGAGCAUUUGAAAGUCUUCGCGAAUUCUUCUCUAGGACUUCGAAUUCAUGGCAAGAGCUUGUUCUUGAGAAAUUGCAUAGCAAGAGUGAUGGCGCGAAUAAUUCUAUCAAAGAGUUGAGGAAGGUGGCAUUUGAUCUAGCGGAGACUAGAUGGUGGGACAGCAGGGAAGAGAUCACAGCGGAAGAAGAGAGGCAAGAAGAGGCUGGUAUUGGGGAUGUUGUUAGCAUGGCCGAUCGAGCCAACACUGGAGGGCCCAACAGGCGACGUUAG